GAUUAUGGUUGAAUUGAAUCUAUUAGACCAAAAUAAUACUAUGAAAAGAACGUGGGAUAUGAGAAACGAGGACAAUUUUAUGAAAAAGUUCAAAUAUUACAAAAGUAAUAAACCUAAACCAUCGCUUGAGGCUGUUAUAUCUUUUGAUAAUGCUAAUUUCUCUAACGAGGUAAAAAGCAUCACACAAGCGGUAAAGGAAGAUUUAAGAGCAAAAUCAUUGGGUUUAGAAGAUAUAUCCAAAUGGGAAAUUUUCUCUUUAAGCAAUAACCCUGGAUUUAUUAUAAUAAAGAAUCCAUUUACAAAUUUAGGUCAGAGGUAUUGGAUGAGAAAAUGUUUGGAAGAAUACCCAAGAAAGCCUAAUAAAAGGAACAUUGAUAUUGAUAAACCAGUUGAAGAUUGGUGGGCAGAAUGUUUUAAAGAUGGAGUAUGUGACAGAAAGCUGCAAAAGAAAUUGAGAUGGACUACAUUAGGAUAUCAUCAUAAUUGGGAUACCAAAGUGUAUAGCGAGGACAAUAAGACCUCUUUUCCCUUAGAGUUGGCGGAGUUAUGUGAUGUCGUGGCUAGAACUCUUGGUUACACCACAUUCAAAGCUGAAGCGGCAAUAGUAAACUAUUAUCACAUGGACUCUACGCUAUCAGCACAUACAGAUCACUCUGAAGUCAAUUUGGAGGCACCUUUGUUUUCAUUUAGUUUUGGGCAGUCAGCAAUAUUUUUACUAGGAGGCCAUGACAAGAGUGUUGAACCCUCUGCCUUUUUACUAUCCAGUGGAGAUAUAGCUGUUAUGUCUAAAGAAACCAGACUAUGCUACCAUGCAGUACCAAAAAUAUUACCUUCUACAAAACAGCCUUGGAAUGAUAAAGAUAUGACUUGUAUUCAAAAUUCAGGUGUAGAAUUUAAAUAUGUUGUUGAAGAUGACUUAAUAAAGGCAAUGAGUAAGAAUUUGAAUAAAGAGGAAUGGAGAAAAUUCAAUAAUUAUGUUGAAGAAUCAAGAAUUAACAUCAAUGUGAGGCAGGUGUUAAAUGAAAAUCAAAAUAGUUUAAGUGAUCAAAGUAUUUAAUGUAAUAAAACAAAUAAUUUAUUUUUCUAAUUUUA